CAUCUCUCAUCCUUCUACUUCAUUGGUCCAUCUUAGUUCCUAUACCCCGGAAUAUAUCGCAACUCUUCGACCAAUCAAGAGUCAUCAUGUCUUAUCAAGGCCACUGUAACUGCGAGAGCAUUCGCGUUGCUCUCCCCCAACAGCCAGCGAACACUGGUAUUUGUUAUUGCGAUUCCUGUAAACGCGCUGGUGGCGCAGGAUUUUCCAUCAAUUAUUUUGUUAGCGACAAUGACUUGACCGUCGAGGAUCCGAACACGACCCUGCGAAUCUAUGAGGACAAGAAGUCUGCCAGUGGAAACGUUGUCAAGCGCCAUUUCUGUUCCAGCUGUGGCAGCCCCGUGUUUACUAGGACCCCUAAGGCACCCGGAAUGGUCUUCCUGAAGGCUGCCUUGUUUGAUACUGUUUCCCCGCCUAAAGGCGAAGUGUUCAGCGAGAAGCGACACGACUGGCUCAGGGUUGAACAUGAGAAAUAAACGUCAAUAUUGUGGAUUUGACGGAUUAUUAUGUAAC